AUGGCCCUCCUGGCUCACACCCUGGCACUGCUGGCAUUGGCUGUGGCCACCGUGGCCAUCCAGGUGGUGCCCCUGGACUUGGCUGAGGACGCCUUUGAUGACCGGUACGAGGGCUGUGUCCCUGCCAUGAAUGCAAAGUUGCAGGAGCUCCACAACUCCGAGUUACAGAUCAAUCCUGCUUUUGCCAUGGGCUGGGCAACCGCUAGAGCUGAGUGGGAGUGGCGGGGCUCUCCUGUGUCCCCUCUGGCAUCCCACUGGCAGGCCUUGGCUCUCAUGACCUACACGUCGCAGGACGUAUACAAGGAGUUCAACGCCGCCAUGCGCAGGGCCGGGCGCUCCCACCAGGAAUACCAGGACAACUUCCACUUCAAAACGCUGCACUUCCUGCUGACCGACGCCCUGGAGACACUGAGGCACGCUCAGAACGAGCAGUGUCACAACGUGUUCCGGGGCGUGCGUGGUGUUCGUUUCCAGGCACAGCGAGGCGACACGGUGCGGUUCGGUCAGUUCACGUCGACGUCGCUGAGCAAAGAGGUGGCUCUGCAAUUUGGGAUAGACACGAUUUUUGAGGUGCGCACAUGCUACGGCGCCAACAUCCGUCAGUUCUCCAUGUAUCCGGGGGAGGAGGAGGUGCUGAUCCCGCCCUUCGAGAUGUUUGAAGUCAGAAAAGUCAUCUGGGACGGGGAGAGGACAUGGAUCAGUCUCUACUCUGCGGGGUCCUUGACCAAACACAACUGCGAGGUCAGUUAG